AUGAACAAAAUCCUCCUCCAAUUCGUCGCCGCCGUGGCCCUAUCCGCCCUCCUCGGCCGCUCCGCCGCCCGGGACCUCCGGCCGUCGGACCACGGCCUCGAGUUCCAGGAGAGCUCCUCGUCGCCGCCGCCGCGAGACGGCGGCGCCGAAGAGCAGCAGGAAAUGAUGGCAUUCUUCGGCGAAACGACGUCGUCGGCGACCGUGCAGCUGCCGGAGGCGAAGAACAUCAGCGACACGUGGCUGGGAGCUCGCGCGGGCGAGAGAGCACGUGACGAGUCAAGGAGAGAUCACGUGCGGCUGGGCUUGCUGGUGGCGACGGCGGUGUGCGGGCUGACCGGCGUCGCGCUGCUGGCGAUUUCCGGCGCCGUAUUUAUUUUCCGGCUACGGAAAACUGACCGGAAUUCUUCGUCUUUGCCGCCGAUUCACGCGGAGAAGAAAAUCAGUGGUUAG